ACAAGUGGGCUCGUUUGGGAGGAGGAAUGGAACAAUUGCGGAUGCGCUGUCAAACUGAGUAUGGCAGUGCCGUGCAAUCAUCGGCCUGACAUGCUUCAGUUUUUGGACAGAACCGUGAUGGACGCCGCAUUUGAGAUCAUUCGGCUGGGGUGUGUAGUUCAUUGGGCAGGGAACCACCGGCGAUGGGCGACGCACCCGUGCUACCGGAGGGGUGGCGGGUAUCCGAACGCACCAUGGUGCAACGUAACAGGGCGACCCUCCCUGCAGGGCGUACCUGCCCACUACACGGGGUUUUCUUCCCUCGUGCAUGCUACCAGAUCUGCUAGGUGGAAAACCAUCCAAGCAGUCAUAGGUGCGGUUUGUGCAUUAUUAAAUACUCCAGCUACCAAUUUUUUGGUAGGGGAAAGAGGGUGCGAAGAUCUCAGAGUACUCACUUUAAUAGUAGCUGCUUUCAAUUCGUGUUACAACUUCAUUGCCCAUCCUUUGCGAACGUCUACUCAACAAGGAUUUGGAAUGUCGUUUCUCCUUCGGUUCGUGAUUUUGAUGGUCUUGCUGUUCGCGUUGUUAAUACGUCUGCGGAAUACGAUCGUAGAAGAGUCACUUCUUCUGGCUUCAAAUUUCGGGAUUCAGACCCGACAUCGCUUCCUCACCGGGAGACAGUUGUCAUCCGCCUUUAUCCCGUUGGACCGUCUUCGCGGCCUACUUCUUGCUGAGCGAACCACUCCAACCACAGUUGUGUCAUACCUGGCCGCUGAAUUAUCUGCUGGUUCCUCCAUUGCUCUCUCAGGAGAGGGCGAUAAUGAUUCCUUGAGUCACCAGCUACUUCCACUCUUGCCUAGUUGCCUAACCAGUGAUGAACAAAACUUUGCCGGCAGCUUAUGCCUUCCACUCCCCGCUUUGGUUUUUAUUUUAAGAUUGGCUCAUUCUGUGUGCCAUCCUCCCAUGUGAUACUCAAUUUGCUACACGCCACAGUCUUUCACGGUUUCUGAUUUCUACUGUUUCUCCGUCGGCGCGACGUUCUCUAUUUCAUUUUACUACUGAACCGGUUCGAGUAGCCUAUCAAAGUGACACUUAAAAGUUGCCGUUGCUGCUGACACUUCUCUCCCUAGAUAUUGUAAAAAUCUUGAGGAAGGGUGACUUCGCCUUCGAAAUUUUCAAAAAAAAAUG